CUUAUAUCCACUUCUCAGGGCAUUGCCCCCUUCCGAGGUUUUGUUCAAGAACGCGUCGCCCUCGACCGUCACUCCGUCAAAAAGAAUGGAUCGGACGCUUUUGCCGAUUGGGGUCGCAUAACUCUUUCCUACGGUUGCCGCAAAUCCACAGAAGACUUUCUGUACAAAGACAAAUAG